AAGAUUUUAGCAUUUAGAUAAGAUAUUUUUAUCUGUAGCUUUUCUUAGUGAUGAUGCUGGCUGUGAACAGUCUGCUCAUCUUUCCUAGCUAGGCUGGAGGUUCCAUCGGAGGCUAUUUGCACUUCUUGAGGGCCAUGUUUUUCAAUUGUCACCUGAGCUGCACUGACUGAUAAAGUAGUGCUGCUGAGAUAAUUGGAGGGCCCCAAAGCAAGCUGUAACCACUUCAACAACCUCAACAGAGCUAUUUAAAUUAAAAUGCAGUUAGAUUUGGAGAGCACAUAAACAAUGUGUAUUUUACAAAUGACAGGGUAGGAGCCAAGUGUUUUUGAAGAGUGUGAGGGGGAAGAAAACAAGCCUAUUCUGAUAUUCAAAAGCAGUUAGCACUUCUCAGCUAAUUUAAAUUGAGUCUAAAAUUUUACAUGUACCGUUCCAGUACAGUCUGGAAUCAUUCUCAGUAUGUAUCAGACAGGACAAGAACUCAUUGUCAAAUAUAGUCUGGUUUUGCACCAAAAGGAUAUUUUCCAUCAAACUAAUUGGCCUCUAUUUGAGUCUGUUAGAUUUGGCAAUUGAAACCAAUGAUGCAUUAAUUUUAAAAAUAAUGAUUGACAGUGGCAAAUAACCUUGCUAGGAUUAAACUUCAGUCUGCCUUUCAGAUUGCCUUGCACUUGUUCCUUCUGUCUUUUGGGACUAGAAAAUUCCAUUAAUUGUAAAUAGAGUAAUUGUGCAAAGAUCAAUAAAAGUGCAGCUCUGGGUAAAUGGUUCAUAAAUUAUCACACAUUGCACAGCCCUGAAAUAGUGACCCUUAUUUUCUGGCUAUAAACAUUAAACUUUCCCAUAGAGAGUUGAGGAACUUCCAGAACUCAUGGUCAUAAUAUUUUUAUUUCUGCUGUUUGUUUUGAUGAGUUGCAAAAUGUUUUAGUGUUGGCUCUCCUUAUGCAGGACAUGUAAUGUGAAUGUUUGCCCAGCCAAGGACUGUGGAUUUUGUAAAGAUGACUCCUCUAUUGGUCCGAGUGAUGGUGGAUUUGUGUAACAGCACUAAAGGAAUAUGCUUAACAGGCCCCCCAGGACCCCCAGGGCCUCCUGGGCUUGAUGGACUGCCUGGCUACAAUGGAUCAGAUGGAAUUCCAGGAACUCCAGGACAAAAGGGAGAACCAGGAAUAAAUGGAAAAAGAGGAAAAAUAGGUUUGCCAGGACCAAAAGGUGAUCAAGGACAGAAAGGAGAACCAGGAGAAAUGGGUUUGCCUGGCAAAGAUGGUAUGCCAGGAGGAAAAGGUGCAAGAGGAGCCAAGGGAGAAAAGGGGGAUGCAAACAAUGAUGUGAUAUUAGAAGGUGCAAAAGGUGAGCCUGGACCACCUGGGCCCCCUGGACCUCCUGGACCCCCAGGGCCUCCAGGUAAACGUAAAGGUAAAGCCAAAGUGGAGCUUCAGGAGAACAUCUACAGCAGCAAAAACACAGGUGAGACAGGUGCUGUACCAAAUGAUGAUACCCUCGCUGGAAAGACUGAAGACAGAAUCCCAGGUCCUUCAAAAAAAGCUGAAUGUGUCAUAACGUCUGUAGGAAGUCCUGUUCACUUUGUCAAUGUACAGCAAACGUUUGGAACUUGGAUGAGGGAACCUGCAAACAUAAGUGAUGAAAGGAUUUGGCUCACCAUGCAUUUUUCAGGAAACUAUAUAAAAGAAUAUGAAAAUUCCAAUGCCUUGCUGAAUGACAGCUACAGGAUCAUUAACAUCACAGGAUUCUUCUAUGGAUGUGGUCACGCAGUACAAAACAAUCAUCUCUACUAUCAGAAGGGAGGAACCAAUGUCAUUCUGAAAUUUGGGCUCGAUAAAGCCUCGCUGGGCACCCUGCCCAUCAAAAAUGCCUUACACCAUGGCCGGAACUACCUCUUCUCUAACUCCAAGACGUAUUUCAACAUAGCAGUGGAUGAGAAGGGUCUUUGGAUUAUAUAUGCCUCAAGCACUGAUGAAACUAUAAUGGUAGCACACGUUGAUGAAGAAACAUUCGUAGUCCUUCGGCACAUCAAUACCACCUAUCCUAAGUCCAAGGCUGGUAACGCGUUCAUAGCGUGUGGCAUUCUCUAUGUUACUGACACUAAGGACAUGGUAGUAAGUUUUGCUUUUGAUUUACUGAAAGAGAAGCAGAUUGAUGCAAGGUUUGAGUUACGGUCUUCACAGUCUGUUCUUGCUAUGCUUUCGUACAGCCUGCGAGACAAGAAUUUGUACACGUGGGAGAAUGGCAGUUUAAUGGUAUACCCAGUCCAUUUUGGCAGAUGAAUAUAUUUUCACAUGCCACCUUUAACUAAAGGAUCUAUUUAAAGCUCUGUGAUACAUACAUGGGGGUCUCUUCACUUGGUAUCAUUUUCUGCUUCCUGAUGAUGGUUUGUGAGUGUGCAUAAAAGGGAGAUCAGGUGCCUUUGUAAAAACACACUUCGAUUACAUAGGCCAUCCUCAUCUUUUCAAAAAAAUGUUCACUAUUAUAGCUGGCACACAGCAUAGACAUACUUUUGUUUUCCCCCUGUUAUUCAGCUGAUAAUUGUGUCUAAUGUACAUUGAUUAUUCCAUGGUCAUGUGCUCAGCAGAGACUAUUUGUAACUUUUAUUUACAUUCCUCUUCUCUACAAUAAUUUCCUAGUCAGUGAUGAUGUUCUAAUUUAAACAUCUAAAUAAUGAACUUCCGUGUACAAAUAUCUUUGUCACUUUCAUUUAAUUUCCACGGACUCUGUGUGACCAUCUUUUCUGGACAAAGAUUUAAAGCUGUUAAAAAUAAUGGGAAUGGAAAUACUUGUUUAAAUAGGAAAAAAAAGCAAAAAGUUUAAAUUUGUCAAGGCAAAUCAAGUGUUAAUAAUCAAAAGCAAAAUCCAGCUAAAGUACAAGGAAAAUGGGAAUAAUGACAUUAAAUACUGAACAAACAUGAAUUAUUUCUUAAAUGGAGAGUUGGAUGAAAAGUAGCAAGGUUUCAAAUUAAAGACAUAACCUUUAUGAUUAAAAUUUCAUUUUUAACAAUAUUUGAGUUUCUUGUGUUGCUGCAGACCCUUCUUUGGCUUUCACUGCCAUGCAAACUAUACCAGUAUAACUUGCUUGUAACUAUUUAAUUACAGUAAGGCAUAUUUCUAAAAUUAAAUGUCUCCACAUUCAUCCAGACAAAUGAAAUUAUAAAAUGAAGGAUAUGCUUUUUUGCUGCUGUUUUUAGAAUCAUCAGACUGCUUAGUGAUUUAAUCUGUUGUUAACCAUAAGUCAGAGACUCUCAAUUCACAUUCAAAUUUUUGAGAGUUAGAGGUGAGAAAAAAUAGGAACUUUUUGAUUUUAAUUUUGUUAUGUUAUUUCAGAUUUCUAAAUUUAACAUUGGAACAAAAAUCUCUACUGUUCUUUUAUGUAUAUGGAUUCAAAAUCAUGCUCUUGGAAAACCUCUACCUGAAUUUCUAAGCUGCCUGUGCAUAUUGCUAAAGUUCAUGGAGUGCACCCAAAUAUUUAGAAGCAGAGUGUUAUUUAAAUCCUGAACUGCACUGAGCUGUUUAAUACCUGUGUGAUCCUGGCCCUGUCAAAGGGAUUAAUGAAUUUGGAAAAGUCUGUGCCUGCAGAACCUUGUCUAGCAAAUGUGCUGGAAGAAUUCCUCUGCUGCAGCUAAGCUCCAGUGUGUGACACAGGGAUGGCAGGGCUCUUCCCAGGAUACUUGCUGUUAUCACUAAGCUUGCUAAGGGAGAGAGAUGCAGAAGGGAAUAAAAAAAUCAUAAUUAAUACUUUGAACUAAUAUAUACAUCAAAACUCACAGACUAACAGUUCUAUCUAUACCUGUAUAGAGUGUGACACUUCACACUCCAGAGCUACAGUUUGGUGCGAUGCUUGUGACUUUUUUGUGGGGGUGCGGGGGUUUUGGUUGGUAGUUUUUUUCAUAUUUGUUUGAUUGUGAUGUUGUUUCAAAAAUUGAAUUGUAGUACUAAUAAAGCAAACAUUUUCAGCUAAAAUACCCACAAAGUCAGCAAUAUACUCAGGCAAACACAGUUCAAGUCAGAUGUGAUAUUUUCUAGAUAAUGUACCCAUCUCAAAGCACGGUAAACUUCUGCACAACGUUGUUGAAACACUUGAAUCAACCUCUUGGAGAGGGAAGGCCAGGAAAUUCUACCUCUUUUCUUCUUGCAGCUGUGGAACUUAAUUCUGUUAACCUUGUACUUCUCAAGAACAGCUGAAAAUAAAAUGUAAACAGCUAAUCUUUUUUCAGUACAGUCUGAGGUCAAGUUAAAGCUAACUCAGGAAGUAUUCAGUCAAUGUACUGGAGAUUUAGAUAAAUCUGUUUAAAUAUAAAGAAGAGUUCUAGAAUGGGCUGUUCCAUGAAAUAAAAGUAAUUUAUUUAACUUACAAAGGGAAAACUAAACAGUGACAUUUACCCUUCCUUCUUUUCAUACUUCUCCUACUUCACAGGCUGCAAUUUAAAAUCACCUUUGGAGAAAGGUGCUUUUUAUUCUAGUAUAUCUUACAAUACAACACAGACUUCAAAAUUUCAUUGGAGGAAUAAGACAGUUUGUUAACAUUUAAAUACACAGACA